UGACGCUCCCCUUCUGAUUGAAGAAUGGUCGUGUUAAGGCAGUUUGGGUUGCUUCUCUGGAAGAACUACAUUUUGCAGAAGCGACAGAUUUUGGUAACGGUCAUAGAAAUCUGCUUGCCAUUGCUAUUUGCUGCAAUCCUCAUUGCGCUCCGCCACCGAGUGCAUUCGAUCAGUCACCCCAAUGCCACCAUCUACCCCAGCCAGUCAGUGGAUGAGCUGCCAUGGUUUUUCCAUCACCGGAAGCUCAACCCCUGGGAGCUGGCUUAUGUCCCCUCCAAUGUCACUGCUGUGAAGAGCAUCGCGGAGGCGGUGGAAAAGGCGUUGCGCAUCAAUAUCAAAGCUCAAGGGUUCCCCUCGGAGAAGGAGUUUGAGGACUAUGUGAAGUUUGAUAACCGCUCGGGUAACGUGCUGGCCGCCCUCGUUUUCAAACACUGCUUCAAUCAGAGCAAGGACCCCUUGCCGCUGCAGGUUAAUUAUCAGCUGCGCUUCAAAUACAGCCCUAGGAAUGCCCCCCGGAGCGAGCAGACAGGCCUGAACCCCAACCUCGACCGUGACUGGCACACCAGCUACCUGUUCCCACUUUUCCAGUUACCGGGCCCCAGAGAAGUCAAGUUCCCUGAUGGAGGGACGCCAGGUUACAUCCGGGAAGGGUUCCUGGCUGUGCAGCAUGCCGUUGACAGAGCCAUCAUUCAAUACCAUGCCAACGCCUCUGCCACCCGCCUGCUGGAGGGGUUCACCGUGGCCGUCCGGCGCUUCCCCUACCCACCAUACGUCAACGACCUCUUCCUCCUGGCCAUCCAGAACCAGCUGCCCCUGCUGCUCAUGCUGAGCUUCACCUACACCUCGCUCAACAUCGUCCGCGCCGUUGUGCAUGAGAAGGAGAAAAAGUUGAAGGAGUACAUGCGCAUGAUGGGCCUCAGUAACUGGCUGCAUUGGAGCGCCUGGUUCCUCAUGUUCUUCCUCUUCCUCCUGGUGUCCAUCUUCUUCGUCACGGUGCUCUUCUGUGUCAAGGUAAGCCAGCAGGGGGCGGUACUCACCAACAGUGACCCAACCCUGGUGUUCACCUUCCUGGCUGUCUUCUCCAUCUCCUCCAUCUCCUUCAGCUUCAUGGUCAGCACCUUCUUCUCCAGAGCAAAUGUGGCAGCUGCCGCUGGGGGUUUCCUUUACUUUUUCUCCUACAUCCCCUACUUCUUUAUCUCGCCUCGCUACGACCUGAUGUCCCACAGUCAGAAACUGUCAUCCUGCCUCAUCUCCAAUGUUGCCAUGGCCAUGGGGGCACAGCUGAUAGGCAUGUUUGAAGGAAAAGGGACCGGCGUUCAGUGGCAGGACCUCAUGAAGCCAGUCAGCGUGGAUGAUAACUUCACCUUUGCACAGGUGCUGGGGAUGCUGCUGUUGGACUCUGUCCUCUAUGGCCUGGUGGCCUGGUACGUGGAGGCCGUCUUCCCAGGGGAGUAUGGCGUGCCACAGCCGUGGUACUUCUUCUUGACGCCCUCAUACUGGUGCGGGACUCCCAGAACCGUCCUGGGGAAAGAGAAGGAGGAAGAGGAGGACCCGGAGAAGGCCCUGAAAAGCCAGUACAUUGAGGAAGAGCCUGCCGAUCUGGUGUCAGGGAUCAAAAUAAAGCACCUCUCCAAGGUGUUCAAAGUGGGGAGCAAGACCAAGGAGGCAGUAAGGGACUUGACCCUGAACAUGUAUGAGGGGCAGAUCACUGUCCUUCUGGGACACAACGGUGCCGGGAAGACAACCACCCUGUCCAUGCUCACAGGUCUGUAUCCUCCCACGAGUGGCCAGGCUUACAUCAGCGGCUACGAGAUCUCCCGGGACAUGGUUCUGAUCCGAAGGAGUCUGGGUCUUUGUCCCCAGCACGACGUUCUGUUUGACAACAUGACAGUGGCGGAGCACCUGUACUUCUACUCUGGGCUGAAGGGCUACCCCUCGCUGAAGUGCCCGGAGGAGAUUGACCGCAUUGUGAGGCUGCUGAACCUGGAGGAGAAGCGCUGCUCUCUGUCGAAGGCGCUGUCCGGGGGCAUGAAACGCAAGCUGUCCAUCGGCAUCGCGCUCAUCGGGGACUCCAAGGUGGUGAUGCUGGAUGAGCCGACGUCAGGAAUGGACCCAGCCUCCCGCAGGGCCACCUGGGACCUCCUCCAGCACCAGAGGAGCAGCCGUACCAUCCUGCUGACCACCCACUUCAUGGAUGAGGCAGACCUGCUUGGAGACCGCAUCGCUAUCAUGGCCCAGGGCGAGCUGCAGUGCUGUGGGUCCUCGCUCUUCCUCAAGCACAAAUAUGGUGCCGGCUACCACAUGGUGAUGGUGAAGGAGCCAUACUGUAACCUCGGAGAGAUCUCCCGCCUCAUUUGUCAGUACGUGCCCAAUGCCAGCCUGGAGAGCAAUGCCGGGGCCGAGCUGUCAUUCAUUCUGCCCACAGAGAGCACACACAGGUUUGAGGCGCUGUUCACGGAGCUGGAGCAGAAACGGGAGGAGCUGGGGAUUGCUAGCUAUGGUGCCUCUGUCACCACUAUGGAGGAGGUCUUCCUCAGGGUUGGCAAGCUGGUGGACUCCAGCAUGGAUAUCCAAGCCAUCCAACUCCCUGCCCUGCAGUACCAGCAUGAGAGGCGGUCCAACGACUGGGCCAUGGAUGACUCCAGCAGCCUGAGUGGAAUGACUGACAUGACUGAUGAUAGUGGGGCUCUGAUCACGGAGGAUUGCUCCAGUAUCAAACUGAACACGGGGUUCUACCUAUGCUGCCAGCAGUUCUAUGCCAUGUUCAUGAAGAGGGCAGUGUACAGCUGGCGCAACUGGAAGAUGGUGGCAGCGCAGUUCCUGGUGCCUCUGAUUUUUACAGCCCUUGCUCUGGUUGUUGCCAAGACCUUCCCCGGGCCGAGAGAUUCCGCGCUGCUCAGGCUGACGCUGGACCCGUAUGGCAAGACUGUCGUGCCUUUCUCUGUCUCCGAGGCAUCCAGGAUCUCCCAGAGGCUGGCAGAACAGUAUGCAGUGCUGCUGGAUGCUCAGGGCCAAGUGCCCCUGGAGGUGCUAGGUGACCUGGAUGAGUACCUGAUCUCCCGAGCGGCGGAGGAGGGCGGAACUUUCAACGAACGCUACAUCGCAGCUGCUUCCUUCGAAGAGGUCAAAAACCGCACGGUGGUCACGGCACUGUUCAACAACCAGGCGUAUCAUGCCUCCGCCACUGCACUGAUGCUGGCAGACAACGCCCUGUUCCGGCUGCUGGCUGGACCCAAUGCUUCCAUCACUGUCACCAACUAUCCCCAGCCCCGGAACAUCACAGAGACAGCGAAGGACCAGCUCAUGGAAGGCCAGACUGGGUUCGCCAUUGCUAUCAACUUGCUCUAUGGGAUGGCUUCCUUGUCCAGCACCUUCGCGCUCCUGCUGGUCAGCGAGAGAGCCAUCAAGGCCAAGCACGUGCAGUUUGUCAGCGGGGUUUACGUGGCCAAUUUUUGGCUCUCAGCCCUGCUUUGGGACCUCAUCAACUUCCUCAUUCCCUGUGCGCUGAUGCUGGUGAUAUUCCAAGCCUUCGACGUGAAAGCUUUCACCCAGGACAGCCACCUCGUCGAUGUGAUGCUGAUCUUCCUGCUCUACGGCUGGGCCAUCAUCCCCCUCAUGUACCUGCUCAGCUUCUUCUUUUCAGUGGCAGCUACGGCCUACACGCGCCUCACCAUCUUCAACAUCUUCUCGGGCACAGCCACCUUCCUCGCAGUCACGAUCAUGAGCAUUCCAGAGCUGGGCCUCGUGGACCUGUCCAGAACCCUGGAUAAAAUCUUCUUGAUUUUGCCCAACUACUGCUUGGGCCAGUGCAUCAGUGACUUCUACCAGAACUAUGAGUUCAUUCAGUUUUGCACCUCUUCCGUCGAAGCCAUCAUUAUCUGCAAAGCGUUCAAUAUCAGUUACCAGAUGAAUUACUUCUCAUGGGAGACUCCAGGGAUCGGGCAAUAUCUGACCUCCAUGAGUGUCCAGGGCACCGCCUUCCUCCUUCUUCUCUUCCUCAUUGAAACUAACCUCCUCUGGAGACUGAGGACCUUAGUCUGCGGCAUCUGUAGGAGGCGGAAAUGGGCAAUGCUGCUGAACAGGAUGCCCGUGCUGCCGGAAGACCGGGACGUGGCAGAUGAGAGGAAGAAAGUUUUGGAGUCCCCGCCAGAGCUGCUGUCAUCGCUGAGCAGCCCGCUGGUCAUCAAAGAGCUCACUAAGGUGUAUAACAGCAGUGAGUCCCUGCUAGCUGUGGACAGAAUCUCCCUGGCGGUCAACAAAGGGGAGUGCUUCGGCCUGCUGGGCUUCAAUGGAGCCGGCAAAACCACCACCUUCAAAAUGCUGACGGGCGACGAGAGCAUCACCUCGGGGGAUGCCUACGUGGAUGGCCACAGCAUUCUGGCCAACAUCAAAAAGGUCCAGCAGCGGAUCGGCUACUGCCCUCAGUUUGAUGCCCUGUUGGAUCACAUGACUGGACGGGAGACACUGAGCCUGUAUGCCCGGCUUCGGGGGAUUCCCGAGCGCUACAUCGGCAGCUGCGUGGAGAACAUGUUGCGAGGGCUGCUCUUGGAGCCCCACGCGGACAAGCUAGUGAGGUCCUACAGUGGUGGCAACAAGCGGAAGCUGAGCGCCGGCAUUGCCCUGAUCGGCGGGCCUCCUGUGAUCUUCAUGGAUGAGCCCUCCACCGGCAUGGACCCUGUGGCCCGGCGCCUGCUCUGGGAUGCUGUGACCAGGACACGGGAAUGUGGAAAAUCCAUCAUCAUCACCUCCCACAGCAUGGAAGAGUGCGAGGCCUUGUGCACCAGGCUGGCCAUCAUGGUGAACGGGCAGUUCAAAUGCCUAGGCAGCCCCCAGCACCUGAAGAGCAAGUUCGGCAGCGGAUACACCCUGCUAGCAAAAACCAGGGCCGAGGAGGAGGGCGACGUGCAGGUGUUCAAGGCCUUUGUGGAGAAGAUGUUUCCAGGGAGCGUCCUGAAGCACGAGCACCAAGGCAUGGUCCAUUAUCACUUGACCAACAAGAACCUCAGCUGGGCACAGGUCUUCGGGGCGCUGGAGAGAGCCAAAGAGAAGUUCCACGUGGAGGAUUAUUCAGUCAGCCAGAUCUCCCUGGAGCAGGUCUUCAUGAGCUUCACCCGCUUCCAGCACUGCACAGAGGAGCGAGGGAAAUGA